AAGCUCUGUCCGAUGCUGCCACGUUGCCUGCCGGGUAAAGUGCUCGUCCUCCCCAGGAGGAGCUCCUGCGGCACUGAGUCACGGUGCUCGUCUCUGCGCACCGCGUCCGUGCAGCCGGGUGAGCGCGCGGGCUUCAGGGCGACCGAUCGAGCGCAGCGCAUCCGUAGACCCUCGAAGCGGAGCAGAGGAGGUGGGUGGGGUGGGGGUCUGUCACCAUGGAAGGAUUAGUGGAGCGGCUGGAGCGAGCUGUGACUCGCCUGGAGAAGAUGUCCAUCACCAUGCAGGCGGCCAGCGGCAUCGCCAACGGCGACUGUGCCAACGGCAUCGAUGGAGGUUCCUCUCGGUGUGUGGAGGCCUUUGACGUCCUACUUAGAGGUCCGUUGUCAGAGUACCUGAACUGCAGCCGGGCCAUAGGAAGGGAGGUGGAGAAACACGCGGACAUGGUCAACAACGCACUGCAGGAUCAGAGAGCUUUUCUCAAGAUGGCCGCCGCGCACCAGGAACCUGCACAGACGGAGUUGCACGACUUGCUGAAGCCGAUUUCGGGUCACAUCCAGGAAAUCCAGAGCUUCCGCGAACGAAACCGCGGCAGCAGCCUCUUCAACCACCUGUCAGCCGUCAGCGAGAGCAUCCCCGCCCUCGGCUGGGUGGCCGUGAGUCAGAAGCCGGGUCCGUAUGUGAAGGAGAUGAACGAUGCUGCAACCUUCUACACCAACAGAGUGCUGAAGGACUACAAGGAAACGGACAGGCGUCACGUAGACUGGGUGCGCUCUUACCUUUCAAUCUGGACCGAGAUGCAGUCCUUCAUCAAGCAGCACCACACCACAGGACUGGUGUGGAGCAAGAGUGGCCCCAUCGCUCCUCCUCUUUUUGCGCGCCCCAGUGCUCCUUCCUGUCCUCCUCCGCCUCCUCCCCCCGGCCCUCCUCCGGUCUUCACUGAUGAUGACUCCCAGCCUCAGGCGGACAGAGCGGUGGCCCAACACUCUGAACUUUUUGCCCAGCUCAACCAGGGCAUGGACAUCACUAAAGGUCUGAAGCAUGUGUCGGAUGAAAAGAAGACCCAUAAGAACGCCAAUCUGCGUUCGCAUGCAACUGCGACCAAAACCAAGUCCCCAGGCACCGUAAACUCGCCCAGAGCAGCGGUCCAGAAAAAAAACCCUCUGCUGGAGCUCGAGGGGAAAAAAUGGAGGGUGGAGAACUUUGAGCAGAAACACGACCUGACGAUUGAGGAGACGCAGCUCUCACAAGUUGUCUACGUUUUUGGCUGCAACAACUCCACAGUGCAGAUAAAGGGCAAAAUAAACUCCAUCAUCAUAGACAACUGCAAGAAGUUGGGUUUGGUUUUCGAAAAUGUCGUUGGGAUUGUGGAGAUCAUCAACUCCAAAGGAAUUCAGUUACAGGUGUUGGGAACAGUUCCCACCAUUUCCAUCAAUACGACGGAGGGCUGCCAGGUGUACCUCAGCAAGGACUCCCUCCACUGUGACAUCGUCAGUGCCAAGAGCUCUGAGAUGAACAUCCUGAUUCCACAAGACGAGGAAUAUAGGGAGUAUCCAGUACCGGAGCAGUUCAAGACCGUUUGGGACGGCUCUAAACUGGUGACAGAGCCUACUGAAAUCGCAGGCUGAUGAUGCUUCAUCUCCAUCACCACCGGGUUGUCAUUUUUUUUUUUUUUUUAGGAUCUCUGUCCGAGAUAUAAAAGAGAUUACUGCAACAAACUAACUUUUGGUCUACCUGUUGUUUCUGUAUUUGUGACUCCAUGUCUCUCUAGCACUUUGGAAAUUGAGUGGGUGAGUAGGUUGAUAGUCCAACUCGAUAAAACACAUCCCCACAGAAAAAAUGGAUUUCUUCUGGAGUCCCCAAAAAAGAAAGACCUAUUAACCUUUUCUUAAAUUUCUGUUCCAUACCAAAAAAGGGAUCUAUGUGAUAAUAUGUAACUGUUGAAAUACAAUCAAUUAUAUGACAAUAUGCUAAUGACUGUAUUCAAUCAAUAUUUACGGUAUGAGUAAAAGCAGCAUUUGGUCCACAGCAGUAAAAGUAACUUUAUAAAAAAAGGCUAAAGAUUACAUAACAUGCACGUAAUUUCAUUAAGUGCUCAGGCAGACAAACAUGACUUACUUUGUAUAUUUUCAUUUAAUGAAGUGUAUUUUAGAAAUGCCUCAUGUGUAUAGUGAAUGGUAGUCACUCGUCAUGUAAUUUCGCUGCACUUAAUGAAUGAAGAUAUGCCCCACUGCUCACUAUGUUCUGCAUCAAUGGCCAAUGUCAGUCUUGCUUGUGUUUGUAUCGUAAAAUCAAUCAGGUCAGAUGAACAGUGUCGGAUUCUGUAUCAGUUAAUUCAACUUGAAAUAAUUAACCAAUUACUUUCCCAGUUGUUUCUGUGAAAACGUAAUGAGCACUGCAUUUGUACUCCUUAAGAAAACUGUAGAAGUAACCUUCCCAAUUGGGCACUUAUUAGGCUCUUCACUACUUGGUACUAAGAUGUAGCACAUGGCACCACCAUAAGAUAAGGAAACACCAGUAAACACUACUAAUGCUUUAUAAAACUUUUAAUUAACAUUGAAGCAAAUUGAUUUAAUUGUGUCAUAAUUUUUCAAAUAAAAUCAAAACCCUCCGUU